UGAGAAAGAUGUUUCAUUGAGAUUCAAAAUUUAAUAUUGUAGAAUAAUAGAUUGUGCACAGAUUUUUAAGCUUGCUUGACUGUUAUUGAGCUUUGCUUUUGUGCCUUAAUAAUCUGUCAGGUCUGGGAGCUACAGUAUGGACAAGAAGUUUUUAAAUUUGCAUGGUGUGGAAGUUCCAAUUUAUUGGGGCUUAGAUGUUAGGUACACACAAUAUAUACCAAAUAAAAGUUUCCUACAAUUCCUAUUUGAUUUAGUUAAUUUUUUAAUUUUCUGUUUUUGCUAAUUUAUUUUUUAAGUUUUAUUUCCUACAAUGCAUGUUUCUACAAAAAUCAAAUUUCUCCAAAAUCCUUAUAUUAAAGCAGAAUGUCCAGCCAACUACUCGUUACUCAUGUGACUUAACACCUACUAUGCAAUGCAGACAACAUUCUUGUUUUUCAAUUUAAAGCAGGCAGACUCAUCUAAAUUAAACCAUUACCUAAUAUCAAUGCAGACAACAUUGGUAUUUUUAAAUUCAAAGCAGGCAAACUUAUCUGUCUUAAACCAAAAUUCAUAUGAAAUGCAGACGGCAUUAGUAAACUAUAAUUCAAAGUAAGCAGGCAAACUCAUCCAAAUUAUACCAAACUGAAAACUGGGUACAUGCUUUUCCAAUCCAAGUUUUUUUUUUCUAAAAGGAGUAUAAGCUGCAUGACCUAUUUUUUUACUACCUAAAAGAAUUUGGGAACACGACUCAGUAUAAAUAGAGCAAUAAAUUGAUGUUGCUAAACAUAUAGCGUAAGCCAAGGAAAAAAAUAUAAAGAUGCCAGAAUACUGUGUAACAGGGGGUACUGGUUUCAUAGCAGCUUACCUGGUAAAGUCGUUGUUGGAGAAGGGCCAUGUGGUAAGAACCACUGUAAGAGAUCCAGAUGAUAUAAACAAGGUGAGCUACCUUUGGGAGCUUAAUGGAGCCAAGGAGAGAUUAAAAGUCGUGAAAGCUGAUUUAAUGGUGGAAGGAAGCUUUGAUCAGGCUGUAGACGGAGUCGAUGGAGUCUUUCACACUGCAUCUCCGGUGCUUGUUCCAUAUGACAGCAACAUUCAGGCAACUCUAAUUGAUCCAUGCAUAAAGGGAACCGCUAAUGUACUGGGGUCAUGCAAGAAAUCAAGCAGUGUGAAAAGAGUUGUUCUCACCUCGUCAUGCUCUUCCAUCAGAUACGGCGAUGAUGUGCAGCAUAUUUCUCCUUUGAAUGAAUCACAUUGGAGUGAUACUGAAUACUGUCAACGUCACAACCUAUGGUACGCAUAUGCUAAGACUAUAGCAGAGAAAGAUGCAUGGAGGAUAGCGGAGGAAAGUGGCAUUGACUUGGUAGUUGUCAACCCCUCUUUUGUUGUUGGCGCUUUGCUUUCUCCCCAGCCAACCAGUACACUGCACGUGAUACAUAGUAUCAUCAAAGGUCAAAUGGAAGAAUACCCAAACACAACAAUAGGAUUCGUCCACAUAGAUGAUGUUGUAGCUGCACAUAUAUUGGCAAUGGAGGAAACAAAAGCAUCAGGGAGGUUGAUAUGUUCCAGCUCAGUAGCUCACUGGUCUGACAUCAUUCAGAUGCUCAAAGCCAAGUACCCGUCCUACCCAUAUAUAGAAAAGUGUAGCAGUAGAGUUGGAGACAACAACCCGCACAGCAUGGAUUGCAGCAAAAUUAUCCAAUUGGGGCUCCCUCCACUAAAAACACUCGAUCAAAUGUUUGAUGACUGCAUCAAAAGUUUUAAAGAUAAAGGUUUUCUGUGAGAUCUACAAUAUCCUCCUCGUAUCUCCCUGGCAACAUACUUUAGAUGUGUCAAUUAGUGAGAAGUUUUCAAGAUAAAUGUCUUCCAUGAGAUCUACAAUAUCAUAUUCGUAGCUGGCCCCGUCCAAAUACUCUAGAUGUCUUAUGAAUGCUUACUCAUAUCUCUAGACUCCUUUAUUUUCUUCUUAUAUCUUCUAUAUAUCCUGCUGAAAGAAUAAAUAAUGCAAGGCUCUUGUAAUACAGCUUGACCUGAUGAAAUACUGGCAUACUGCUUUUUCUUUA